CGUGUAUAACGUGUUCGGGGAAGUGUAUCGCCCGGGUUCAUUCCUAUUUGGGCCACUCUGGAUUAUAUUAAUAAUCGAAAAUAUUUUCAAGUGGACCCGAUUGAAUGACAAUUCAACACAACGCGGACGAGAACGUCGUGAAUGGCGGCCAUAUCGAGAGCCGGAAGCGUCCACACAGAGCGGCGGCCAACCGCGCUUCCGGUGAGAGGCCCGAGCUCUGCAUGUGCGGCGCCGCCCCGGACGGCGGUUGGGGGUGGAUGGUGUGUCUGGCGUCAUUCGUAGUGAACUUCAUACAAGACGGGACGGUGUUCUCAUUCGGCGUGCUCUUGCUUGAACUGUUGGACUAUUUUGGUGAGGGGAAAGCCAAGACCUCGUGGGCCGGAUCAUCGCUCCUAGGCAUGAGCAUGUUCAUGGGCCCCGUAGUGAGCCUUCUACUGGAGCGGUUCUCUUGGCGCCAGGUGACGCUGGCUGGGACUCUGAUGUCCGCCGUUGCGUUCGUCGUCAGCGUAUUCUCCCCGAACAUCGACGUGCUCAUUAUUACUUAUGGGAUCAUCGGAGGUAUAGGCUUCAGUAUGUCAUUCAUUUCCUGCGUCAUCGUCGUCGGCGUCUACUUCAACCGGAAGCGCGCCAUCGCCACGGGUAUCGCGAUGAGCGGAAGUGGCCUCGGCACAUUCGUCUACGCGUACCUGACGGACUUCCUCAUCCAAACUUACGACUGGCGGGGAACCAUUUUGAUACUCGCAGGAAUACUGUUGAACGGUGUCGUCUGCGGCCUACUUUACCGGCCCCUGAGUUCGAACUCGUCGAGAAGAUGCAGUGUUUGCUGCGCUGCGUCUGCAUCAGCAGCCGACUGCAAACAGUCUGAGCAACGGCGUCUUAUUGCAAAUGGGGACAAUACUUAUUUGGCUGAGCUUAAUGUAGAAAAUACCACACAAUUUCAUUUAACGAACAAGCUCUCAGGGAGAUUAACGCAAAGUAACGCAAAUAUUUUGCGUGAAACUGGCUGCUUAAGCGAUUCUAGUCCAGGCGUUAAAGCGUUCUUGAGCCAGAGAGACUUGAUAGAUGUACAGAUCAUUGAUAUGAAACAUACAAUGUCUCAAAAGGACAUAUUUUAUAGCGGAUCUCUGACGAAUAUACGGAGCAAAGACUCGACUCUUGUGCGAUGCAAAGAUGUGAACUCAGGUCCAGACGUUUCUGACAAUCCGAUCUCAAAUGUGAAUGACUCUUUCUUGUGUGGCACUCUCAAAUCCUACAUGGCACUUUUCUCAGACAGGAUCUUCGUUCUUCUCUUGCUCAAAGACGUUUGUUGGACUGUCCAGUCCGUGCCGUUGACCUACAUUCCCGACCUCGGCGUCUCCAAUGGCCUCCCAUCCACGCAGGCGGCAACGCUGAUCUCAAUCAUCGGCGUCACGAACAUUGUCGGGCGCGUGCUGUCCGGCGUCAUCACCGACGUGCUCCACGUAACAUGCACCUUGACAUACAUCGUGACCCUGUUUGCGGCGUCUGCGAUGAACUUCCUGAUGCCUUUAUGCCGGGGCUUUGCCGCUCUUGGCGUGUGUUGCGCAGUGUUCGGCCUUUGCAUGGCCACUCACGUCUCCAUGCGGACCAUUGUACUUGCUGACCACCUGGGCAUUGACAGACUGACAAAGUCUUUCGGUCUCGUGGCGCUCUUCCAGGGCAUUGCCUUCGUGACUAAUGCGCCGUUAGCAGGUUUCCUGUUCGAGCAGACAAACUCCUAUGUGCCGCCAUUCUGCUUCUCCGGUGCCAUGUACUUCCUGUCCGGGUCGCUAUGCCUCCUGGUUUUUCACCUGAACCGCCAUUCCAAGAACGAGAUCGUCAUCGAGCAGAAUGUGCGUCUUCCGGUUACAGGAACGACGGCGGCGAUGGAAGCCUCCGAGACCAGCCGAAGCGGGUCCUCGCCGGGAAGCUGGUGAUAACGUGAUUACUGAUCACACGAGGAUCGGAGGGGAGAGAAUGGGUGUUCCAAACAAUGGUUUUGUCUUUAACCCUUUUGUGCCUAGUGGACUGUCCCAUCCUUCUUAAUUGGAUCAAUUUAUUUCCAAAAUUAGGGAUGUAUAUAGUAUAUUUAUUUCUAUAUUUAGAAUAUUUCUUACAGAAAUUCCUUAAAGCGAACAGCGCAGACCCAGAUGAGACGCCGCAUGAUGCGGCGUCUCAUCUGGGUCUGUGCUGUUUGCCAAGGCCUGUUUUUCUAGACGCUAGGCAUAAAUGGGUUAAGUAACAUAAAUACUCAACAUCAACGAAUAUUUCUCAAAAUAUUUCUUAAAGUAAAGUUAACCCAUAAAAUCAGUUUUUAUAAUAGAAAUAGCGAAAAUGUCAACGCUAGAUUUGGUAUGGUUUUUUAUGACUUAGCCUUUUUUUCGAAAUAUUGUACGAAAUUUCCGUUGAUUUUGAGGAUUUAUGGGCUUUUAAAAAUACUUUAGUUACAAUAGUGCCAAAUUGGUGGUACUUAUUGUUAAGUUGCUUGUGUUCAUAAAUAGCGUAAUUUACACUGUUUAUUUAUUGUUUUUAAGAUAUUAAAUCAUGUUAAACAAACAUUUAUAUCACACGUAUUUAAUUUAAUUGUUAAUGAUGUUUAGUCCAUUUUAUGCUUAUGAUAAAUUUAGAUAAUUUGUCCCAAAACA